ACCGUCGUAGAAUUGCGCCAUGUUUAACAAAACUGUCGUUGCCGUGCUUCCGUAAUGACAACUCUUACAGGGAUCAGCAGUAUAUACUACAGACCCAGAAACGACAAUGUCAUUCGUGAGGAUGCCUAGACGAUCUCAGUCUCUUUCAGGCAGAACCAAGAGAGCAAAGAAAAAGAAAGCAACUUGGGAUAGCACAACCAGUGACUUGACUGUCCAUAAACUCAGCAAGGAUGAAUUGGAUCGCCGCCAUGCAGUCCAUCAAUCCACUAAUAUAGACGUGAUCAAGGAAGAGAAAAGGAGAAAGGCUGCGCUGAAAGCUCAGAAAGAGAGAUCCCUAAGUGAGGGUAACCAGGCAGGCUUGCUGCGUGAGAUCCUGUACGAUGAGAAACAGCUGAACGAUGCCCUCGCUCACUCAGAUAGAGUCAUGUCUGUUGUCAAGGAUCUUUUCUACGAUGAUCCAAAGAGAUUGAAGGCUAUACCUCACAUCACCCGAGCACCUGGAGGAGAUGCCGAGAAAAGACGAGCUGGACCUAUCGCUGAGAAAGGCCCUCACACCAGCUACUUGGAUGUCUUGAGUGAAUCUGUCAUGGAUCCAUCAGCACUCAAUGAAUAUCAAAGAGAAAAUGACUCUGAGGAGGAGGAAGAAACGGAUGAGGAGGAGGAGGAGGAUGGAGAGACACCUGUGUUUGACAGUAAGCUAGAUGUUGAUCGAUUCCAGAGUUACAUUCAUAGAGCAGCCGCUCAGCAGCAGCAUGAAAAGCAUGAUAGAAUUCAGUCCAAGUAUCAAUCCAACAAAGAAAAUAUGGACCCAAUAGCUACACCUGAGAGGUCUCCCCUUACCCCCUCACAACGAAAUGCUAUCAACGAUACAGCCAAGGCUAAAAAGAAAAUGAGGUCAAGGUCCAAGGCCGAAGGUCAAAGUUCACUACUAGACAUCACUCAAAAAACAAAACCUGAUGACCUAAAAAUGUAUCUGACUGAGUUGAUGACAGCCUGCAGCGCCUUUGAUAAGACCAGAGGGGAAGCAGAGACGGUAGAUGCCAGUCAUUCUUUCACCUCUGGUUUCCCACAGCUGAGUGGGUACACAGCUUUCUUAGUUCAGACACUCACCAAGAUUCUUAAGCAUCUCACUCAGAGUGAAACUCGGCUUGACCAGGAGAGAGAAGCAAGGCGUGGACUGGAACAGGAGAUAGCUCAACAGAGGAAGCUCAUUGAUGCCAUGACUGUUGACAUGAUGCAGUCUCAAGAACUGAACAUCAAGAUCCAAGCUGAAGCUAGGAAACAGAUUAAUCAGAUGGAACAGAGACUACAGAUUGUAGAGCACUUGCUGGUCAACAGAGAAUUUCUAGAGGAAAAGGUGUCGCCACCUACGGCUGGAAAAGAUAAGGAAGAUAUUCCAGAGCGAGGUCCAGGUUUUAGUCAAGAUCCUGCUGUGUCCAAGCCAGUGUCAACAGCAACCACAGUUCAUUUAACUACUUCAAAUCAGUUCAAAACAGUCCAAAACAGUGGCCUUAAUACUGGAUCUUCUACAAUGAUUUCAUCAGCUCUAGACUCUUUGCAAGCCACCCCCUUGACAAAAUCCACACUGCCAAUCAAAAACGCAGGACAUAUAGUGUCAGGAGUGACUGGGGCUCAAUCUAACACCUCCCAAGUACAGUUCACAACAACUACCUCAUUAGCUACUUCAAGAAACGUUUUCAAAAGUACUACAGGUACAGGACACCAGGUCGCUUCUGGUCAUCAAGUUCCUCACUUAAGCCAGCACACCAUGGAGAGAUUGAUGUCCUCUCGCCCUGGACAGGGGAGAGGUAAUGUACACUUUGAGGGGAAUCUCAAAAAUAUUCAAACCAAUGUACCUAGUGGAAUGCAAAGCAGUCGGUUAUUACAAUCGGGUGAUGACCAGAGAGCUAUGGAUGGGAUUGGUAGUAUGUCAGGGUUUGGUGUGUCAUCGAUGAUGUCUUCAAGUGUGCUGAAAGGUACAGAUCCUAGAUCGCAGGGGAGCGGAACGUUUAAACAAGUGCCUGGUGCUUUUACCGGCUCAAGACAGCAGACAGAUACCUUGACAACCUCUUCUGGUCAGCAUCUCCGUCCGAUCCAGCCUGCAAUGCUGCUGUCUCCACCCAGGCAGAAGGAUAGGAGAGACUUUAUCAAGCCACCUGGCUACCAGUCUCAACCUCUCAUGAGUGCACCGUACGGCAUCACCCCUGGGGCAAUCACCUCUACAAACAUUGGCUCUAACCUGUCUGGUGGCCUGAAGGGAUCCACCCACCAACCUCAAGCUGUGUUCUUCGGCAGUAGAUCACAAUUCUCUAAUGACCCAAGUUAUGCAGUGAGGAGUAGUGAUCCCAUAAACAAAUCAAGGCAUCCUCCACAAGCUCCGCUCCUCAACAACUACACCCCCAACCCUGAUGGCCAGAAGGAAGGAGCACCUUCGACCAUAUCCAUGGACAGCUCAUCCACUCGAUACCUCUCCCUUCCAGGAAACCAUGGUGAAACCAAUGUCGUCAAGAACAUUCUACAACAGGGAGCCUCCGACACCACCAACAGACACCACCCAUCUCAUGUGCAUCCAGACAGGGUAGGACCGAACGGGCAAGACCGCCAACAUCAACAACUGUCAAGGAAUGUGCAUCCCAUUGCCAUGGAAACUGUCUAUGAAUCAUCCCUAGAUGGCACGGUAGAGCCUGCUGGACGAGAGGACAACUCUGUUGAUAUGAAUGAGAAGAUAGCAUCCCUGUCUAGACAGCGGGUAGAAGCUCAGGCCAGACUGGAGCAUCUCAAGGAUGUGUAUGGUGGAGAGGACGGCAUGACUGCUCCUCAGAGACCUACUACCAGUGGAGGAGAAGCUACAGACCGAAGGAUCUCUACCAAACCUACAGGAGUGCUGAUUGGAGCUUCACCCCCUGUUUCACCUAUUGCAAGAGAGGUGCCAUCACAGAGACCCAUGCCUACAGGAACAUCACAUGCAGCAUCAGAGGGAAGGACCAUUCAUGUAUCUAUGCCAAAGCUUAGUGAGCUUGAAAUCUCUGCAACAAGUACUCCUGCUUCCAAAAGGUCAUCCAUUGGAAGCGGUGGUCCCUCCCCGGGCAUCAAUCAACAUGACUGGAAAACUCCCCUUAAGAAUUCACCAGAGAAGGAGCAGUUCUUUGCACUCAAGGCCCACAUCUCAACCUGAUAUCAUAACUGGAAUCAUCCCUAGACUAGAGCUUGUUAUCCAUGCUGCUCUCUAUGAUCUCAUCUCUCACCAGGGGGGUGCUUCAUAAAGCUGUUCGUAAGUUACGCAUGACUUUACAAACGACUUAUAUAUGAAAAGCCAAAUGGG